AUUAAUUAAUUUUUAAUUAAUUUCAAACAACAACAAUGGCUGGUAUGUCAGUAUGUAAGGAACGGAUGCAGAAGCGUAUUGAGAAACGACAGGGAAAUCUCGAUGACAUACUAGUGUUUGAUGAGGACAUACCCCGUGAGGCCAGGCUAUCGUUUGUUGAUUUUGCACCCACUGUUAAACAUACCAGAGAUGGUAACAACAAAAGCGUUGACUAUUAUGCACUCGUCGACUACGCUAACAAAUGGCUAGAGAGGACAGGUAGCCGAUGGGAUGUAGUCAACUGUGAAACAGUAUCGGCAAUCAUACAGUUGGUUAUUGAACGGGGAGAAGCUAUUAGCAAACAGAUACUGAUUGUCUACCGAAGCAACGAACUAACGGAUGUACCGGGAGGUGCGGCACCGCCCGGUCGGGUAACGGCCAACUAUCGGGUAACUAUGUUGCGCCUAUGGAUACGGCCAGCAGUCCAACAGCAGCCGUACGGCAAUCAACCAAUAAUUAUACAGUUUAGCGAUUAUAAACCCGAACAACAAGUGGUGGGCAACGGCGGGGGCGGCGGCGGCGGCGGUGGUGGCGAUGAUAAGUGUUUAGAAACUAUCGAUGAUGUGGUCAGACGUUUGAACGAUGACGACACGAUCAAUGGCCGUAUACUUAAUGUACAGACCGUAGGUUUUACGGCAACAUCGGAUGGCCAGUUAGAUACCGGGUAUACACAAUCGACUCAGUGGUCGGCCCGUACGGUAUAUGUGUUGCGUGUAUUUUAUUUGUUGGGCGGCCGCCAGGAUGGCCUGGUAUCGGUCAUCGACUUUAUGCCCGAUUUGAUUGAAAAGGGUUCGAUGUUUCGUAGGCCAAAAUACGAGUCACAGUCGGCACUGGUAGGUAAGGCCUACAAGUGGUUGACAGCCAACAGUGGCGUCCAGUUUCUGAACGCCGAAUCGGUGGACAUGAAACUCAAGUCAUCUAACAAACAAAUGUCUAUAGCAAGAGAUACCGGUGAUUACAUACGAUUUUUGAGGAUAGCCUAUAUUAAAGGUCGGGCCAAUGGUACCGGUGCUGCCGGUGCCGGUGCUGUGGACGUACAGCCACCGUCAGAGUCACACAACAACAACAACAAUAAGCAGCCCCUGUAUCUGGAAAGUCGGACUAUUGUAUUGCAUAAAAACUAUGCGGAACUUAAGCGCACAAUUGCCGACUAUGUAUCCGGGGAUCAAUGGUCGGCCGCUGCCAACGGUGCUGUCGUCGGUAACCAACAACAACAGUGGCUAAUAAACAGUUGCGAAACUGUUACAGUAUUUUCUAGCAAUGGUAACCGUCCGGCACUUGAAGCCAAUGGCGAUCAAUCGUUUCAGACACUAAUGGUGUCCAAUAUGUCGGUCAACAAAACUGAAUACUAUGCCAUCCGUCUAUAUUUUGAUGGUAAAGAUCCUAAUAAGGAGUACCCAACCACCAGUGGUGGUGAUACCGGUGCCGCCAACACUGAUGGCACCGUUAGCCGUAAGUCGACGUGUAAAGUAUGCUAA